GCGCAUGUCAGUUUCGGCAUUUCUACACGUCGCUAUUCCUCCGACAUGGCAGGAGGUGUGCGGAGAAAAUCUCCUGUUUGCCCGUCCCCGCUAUGGGGGAAACUUCACACGCUAUGGCAGGACAAGCAUUUGGUCUUGUUCAAGACGGAAUAUACGUUAUUGGUAGUUUCAGUUUUGUGGGUCUUGGAGAUCGGGAUCAAUGUGUGGGUCAUCCAAAAAGUAGCAUACACAGAGAUAGACUGGAAAGCCUACAUGGAUGAAGUAGAGGGAGUCAUCAACGGUACCUAUGACUACACCCAGCUUAAAGGAGACACUGGCCCCUUAGUGUACCCGGCUGGCUUUGUCUACGUCUUCACAGCUCUCUACUACAUCACCAACCAUGGGGUGAACAUACGCCUGGGCCAGUACCUUUUCGCUGUUUUCUACCUCAUCACGCUGCUGCUCGUCUUCAGGAUAUACUACCAAACUAAGAAGGUCCCUCCUUACGUGUUCUUCUUUGUGUGCUGUGCUUCUUAUCGCAUCCACUCCAUCUUUGUGCUGCGUCUCUUCAAUGAUCCAGUGGCCAUGAUGCUGCUGUUUGCAGCUGUGAAUCUCUUCAUGGAUGGAUACUGGACCAUAGGCUGUGGCCUUUACAGUUUAGCAGUGUCUGUAAAAAUGAAUGUGCUGCUUUUUGCACCUGGGCUACUUUUCCUGCUCCUGUCUGAGUUUGGUCUAAUCAGGACAAUCCCAAAACUUUCUUUGUGUGCAGGCAUACAGCUUUUACUGGGUCUGCCUUUUCUCUUGGAGAAUCCCAUUGGUUAUUUGAGUCGUGCAUUUGAUCUUGGCCGUCAGUUUAUGUUCAAGUGGACGGUCAACUGGCGUUUCCUGCCAGAAUGGCUCUUCUUGAAUCGGUACUUCCACUUACUCCUGCUGGCAGCCCACCUGCUCACCCUGCUGCUCUUUGCUCUCCACCGUUGGAAAAGGCCGGGAGAAAGCAUCUUUGAACUCAUCAAGGAGCCAGGCAAGAGAAAAAUCCCCGCUCAGAAAAACACCGUCGAUCAGAUUGUUCUGACUCUGUUCACCUCUAACUUCAUUGGCAUGUGCUUCAGCCGCUCUUUGCACUACCAGUUCUACGUCUGGUACUUCCAUACGCUGCCUUACCUGCUCUGGAGUGGAGGAGUCAAGAAACUGGCCCACCUGCUCAGGGUCCUGAUCCUGGGUCUGAUCGAGCUUUCGUGGAACACCUACCCCUCGACUAACAGCAGCUCAGCCGCCCUGCACAUCUGUCACCUCAUCAUCCUCCUCUGUCUGUGGCUAGCUCCGCCCCUGCCCUCAGCCCCAGCAGAAACACAAGAAAAUACACCUUCCAAGGACAAACGCCAGUGAGCCGCAGCCUCAUCACACUGGACGUUCGUCGUUGAGUCCGUCUGAUCAGCUGCCUCCAUCUUCCUUCUCUCUUUGAUCCUCCCAACGCCGCUGCAGAGGGAGGUCACUGGGGUAGACUGUUUCAUAAGUGAACGCAAGGACCCAUUUGAUGCUUCUCAUCUCAGUUCACUGCUUAAAGUGAAGGAAGCCAGUGAGUGGGUGCAGUCUACAUACAGGUACCUACAUGAUGAAAUGACUUGCAGUUAAAGAGAUGAAAAGAGAAAGGAAAUGUGAAUUCUCAGGUUUCAUUUUCAGAUACAUCAAAGUAAGGAUGGAGGACAGUGCCAGGAAAAAGUUUUGAAUGUUAUACCGUUCUGAGAAAAUUUGUUACAUAGGUUAUAUUUCUACAUGUUAAGUUAAAACUGCACUCUGUUAUUAUCAAAAACUGAUAUUUUACUGGUACACAAAUGACCUUGUACAAGGUAUUAAAAAGGCAUAUGUGAUACAGAACUUGAAGUUGGCCCCCAAAGCUUUAAAUUAAUUGCAACGAUGGCAUUUUCCACUUGAUACAGUAGUUGCAGUAUUCUCUAGUACAAGGACAAAAACUAUUACACAAAUGUGUAAAACUAAGCUGUAGACAGUCAGAUAUGAUAUGUUAGGCAAUUCGUUCUUUCUCUGUUGAGAGUGACCUACCACGUUCGUAAGCAUAUAACUAAACUUAAUGUGAAAAAUAUGCAGUAGACUAACAACAUUUGACAUUUUAUAUUAAACAGAGAUGCCACUUAAA